AUGUCUUCGUUGAUCAAUGGUGGCGAUGGGAGCGAAGCUCCUCCUCCCGCGCCUGAUCCUAGUGCACGUCCUGUCUCCCCUCAGACCUCCCAGUCAAUCCCCCCUCCAGGGGUUCCUCCAACCUCCGCUCCGUCUUCCGGCCAUGUCACUCUCGCCGAAACCGAAGCAGCCCUGCAGGUCAUGAUGCGUCGCAAUGGCGAGCUCGCCUCCAAGAUGGAGAGUCUCUCUUCGGAGAGGGAGACCUACGCUGCGCGAAGGGACGCGCUCGCGAAGCAAAACGCCACGCUGCAGUCGGCGUUCGAAGCGCUGCAGGUAGAGGCUCGACGUCUACAACAAGAACAGGUCGCCAAUUCCAAUGCUCGCAUGGCGGGGGACAAGGCGUCGGCCGAACGGACUGUGCUGGACUUUGAGGGCAAGCUUCAGGAGCUGGAAUGCCUUCAAGGGAAAUACAACGAUCUGGAGAAGGAAAGCCGGGAGAUGAAGGAGGCGUUAGCCCGAUCUCAGGAAGCGGAACGUCGUGCUCGAGAAGCUGUAGCACGCUUAGAAAAGGAGCGGAGUGAAGCGCAAGUCGCCCACGAGCGGAUGAUGCGCCGUAUCCCCAUCCUUGAGGACGAAAAUCGCCAUGUUAGCUCGAUGCUUCAAGCGGCCGAGGCGGAUCUAUCCGUCAUAGCGGGCCUGGUGGCCAAACGUACCUCAGCGUCAAGCGCGACCGUCCCUGAGCGGCGCACGGACCCCACUUCGCGCGGACAUGGCCCGCUGCAAAUGACUAGUAGCGGGCACUUUAUCAUACCACCUAGCGCUCCUAUGGCAGGCCAGGCGCACGACAAGGGAGAUACCUCCUCUCACGAAGAGGCUGACGAUGCCACCUCGUCGCAGGCUCCUUGCGGUGGGAAACGUCCGCGCACAGGGUCUACGUCCCCCAAACCGAAGACUCCCGCUGCCAAGCGUGCGCGGCGCGCAAGGGACACGACUUCUACAUCGGGGACGACUGUGACAUCCCCAGGUCCAUCGAAGAGCAAGAAAGAUAAGACCGCUGGUAAGGAUAAGGCGGCCGGCGUCUCUACAUCCACUCGUCGUACCGCGCACGUCUCUCAGGAAGGCUGA